CUGAGACCCGCGAACGCCAACACGCUUUCGCGACGCCCACUCUCGCAUCGCACCGCCGAGGCUCAACACGCGAUAGUGUUCACUUGUGAACGAGUUGCGCGCCCUUUCUCUCACGCAGUGUGAUCGUGCUUCGGUACGUGAAUGCAAAACCGGACUACUCUCUUGGCACGAGACAGCUACAAGGAAUCCGCAGCGGUUUGGACCUCUGAAAUUUUUCAAUAGUCGCCGAGGACUGGCCUGCCACUCACCCGGACCCCGCCACUGGCCCGCGGGGACUCAUCGACGACGCGAUAACAACAAACACGUAGGCAACAGGAGAACAACGGCAUGACGGCUACGCACGGCGGCGGACGUGAAGAUGAUCGUCCGGACAAGGACUCCGUAUACACGAUCAAGACAGGAUUCAAAAACGACGCCUACCAGCACGACCGAGACGCGAACGAUGAUAUCGUCAAACCCCCACCACUACCCGCUGAAGACGAUAAUUACAUGUCUGGCAAAGUAAAAUUAAGUGUCAAUGAGAAAUGGAGAAUAUUAAAAAACAUUGCCGCAGUGAGCGCAGCGUUCAUGAUCCAAUUCACCGCCUUCCAAGGAACUGCUAACCUGCAGUCCUCCAUAAACGCCGCAGAUGGCCUAGGAACAGUUUCCCUGAGUUCGAUCUACGCGGCGCUUGUAGUCUCCUGUAUAUUCGUACCCACAUUCCUAAUUAAGAGGCUAACGGUCAAAUGGACCCUCUGCAUAUCUAUGAUGUGCUAUGCCCCGUACAUCGGGGCGCAGUUUUACCCGGCGUUCUACACCCUCGUCCCAGCGGGCGUGGUGGUCGGGCUGGGAGCGGCACCUAUGUGGACAUCGAAGGCCACGUACCUGACGCAGGCUGGCAGCGUCUACGCGAAGCUGACCGACCAGGCCGUCGACGGUAUUAUAGUACGGUUCUUCGGCUUCUUCUUCCUCGCUUGGCAGACGGCUGAGCUUUGGGGAAAUCUGAUCUCCAGUUUAGUGUUUUCUUCGGGAGUGCACAACUCGAACGUGACAACUGAGAACACGAGCAAGACGUUGCUGACUUGCGGCGCGAACUUCUGCAUGAUCGGCGGCGGCCACCAUGACAACCAGAACCUGCACCGGCCUCCAGACAGCGAGAUAUAUGAGAUCAGUGCCAUAUACCUCGCCUGCGUCGUCGUUGCCGUCCUCAUGGUGGCUCUCCUUGUCGAUCCUCUGUCAAGGUAUGGUGAGAAGCAAAGGAAGUCAGACCCCUCAAAGGAGCUGACUGGAAUCCAACUGCUGUCAGCCACCGCAUACCAGUUAAAGAAGCCGAACCAACAACUCUUGAUCCCCAUCACUCUGUGGAUUGGUAUGGAGCAAGCGUUCAUUGGAGCUGAUUACACACAGGCUUACGUAUCCUGCGCGCUCGGGAUCCGUUCCAUCGGCUACGUCAUGAUCUGCUUCGGCGUGGUCAACGCAAUCUGCUCUCUGGUCUUCGGGUCAGCUAUGAAGUACAUCGGAAGAUUCCCAAUACUAGUGAUGGGAGCUGCCCUGCAUCUUGGACUCAUCGUGUGGCUACUCAUCUGGAAGCCUGACCCGGAGUCGCCGACAACGUUCUUCAUUAUAUCUGGUCUCUGGGGCGUCGGGGAUGCUGUUUGGCAGACUCAAAUUAACGGGUUGUACGGAGUCCUAUUCAGACGCAACAAGGAGGCCGCGUUCUCCAACUACCGUCUAUGGGAAUCUGCCGGUUUCGUGAUCGCCUAUGCUUAUUCCACCCACCUGUGUGCCAGGAUGAAGCUAUACGUCAUGAUGGUCAUGCUCCUCAUUGGAGUAGCUGGGUACAUCGUCGUCGAAAUACUGCACAAGAGAAAGGCUCGCCGCCUGAAAGCCAUCGCCGAGGACCCAGCCAUAGCCGCCGAGGCCGCCAAACAGCCGCCCGAAGAGGACGACGAGAAGGACGAAAUUGAUGACGAAAUCAUUAUUACGCACCUGUAAGCCGAGGCCGAAAACACCCGGCCGGCAGUCCUACCCUCCAUACAAACUGCUCCCAACCGAUGCCCAUAUUGAUACAAAGCCUAACUCACAACUCAACAGGCUACCCCUCACGCACAUACAAAAUUUUGCCAUACGUUUAGGUAUGUACAAAACACAAUGACAUCCAUAUUAUAAUCUCGAGUGUAAUUAGUGCUAUUUAUGUAUCCAAUAGUUAAGUUAUUAUAAGACGGAAGUGGAGCGUAAAAUCUAAAAGACUUUACAAGUACAAACAUGAGGUGAAACCGGAAAGCAGUUAUUUGCUGCUAUUGUUGCUUUUUAACAACUGUGACGCGCGACGAGCGCCACGAUUUAAAUAUUAAAUUAUCAUGAAUCUCAUUCACACUCUGAAGGUACAAAUACGUUUAUCGAGGGACGAAAUCUUAUUCAGUUCUACACUUACAAGUACACAGUAUGGGCCAUCAAAGAAACAAAAUAAAAGAGCCAAUUUAGAAAUGAAACAUAUUUCACAAUGUGCAGAUUCUAAAGCAAACACUUCAACUAACGCGUGCACAGUAAAAUCUAGGAAUUUGGGAAUACAAAUGUGUUUUGAGUAUUAAUAAAUCCAGUAAAUAAUUCCAACUUGAACUUACGUUUUGUUUGAAAGUUAUUUGUACUUAUUCAUGUUCACUUCCUGAUUUUAAAACACGUUAAUUCAUUAAAAUGUUAUGAGCAAUAUAUGUAAAGGGACUUGUAGCAUUGUUAUUUUUUUAUAAUGGUUAAUCUGCGUGCGGGGUUACGAUACUUCUCUUCGUACGUUGCCCACCGCAUCAAAUAUCUUGUUUUUUAUCUAACUUAAUACGGUAGUGAACAAUUUAUUGUUAGUUUGUACAAGACAAAUAAAAGACAACAAACUGUUAUUACUACCACUUAAAGUAUUCAAUAUUGCGUACUUAUUUCAGUGUCUAUGAAAAAAUUCAAACACUUGUGUUGUGAUGCACCUCGAUGGCGCUGCACGCCAUUUCAAGUACAUAAACUACACUCACAAUAUUAUUACUUUGGAAAUAAAACUGCUGAGUGAAUCUGUGAAAUGUUUAAUUAAUUAAAUUAAUGAAAUUGCCAUUUAUAAAUUAUAAUUGAUAAACUCAUAACAGUUAUUGCGUAUUCAACGUUUGGCGACAGCGCCAUCUUGUAAAGCCGUUUCAUUUAAUUAUCAGUUGAAUUGUAGAAUGGAAUUAAAUUGAGAAAAUGUAUGUUCAAUGCUAAUUAUAUCAAUUUGAAAUUUAUUAAUACAAUUAUAACGCAUACACAAUAAGACAGCUUUCGUGUAUAGAUAAAUUAUUUGGGAAUGAAAACUAUUACAAUACCUUUUUCGAUAGAUUUAGACAGCGGUUGAAAAUCUGAUCGUGAGGUAACUAGAUCAAAUGAAUUAAUAUUAUUUUUUUUAAUUAUAGACAUAUUAUACAUACGUAGAUAAAUUAAGCAUCGUGUAUACCUAUCACAUAUACGUUUAAAAUUGUAUUCGCACAGUGUGUUGGUUGAUGAUAUUCUAUGUUAUUCUUCACCAUGUUCACAAUUUUAAACGUGAUGGUACCGUUAAGUACUAUGUAUAGGUAUUAUAUAUUAGUAUGACUGCCUACAAGUACGUCUGCAUGCUACAAUAUUUAUGUUAGAUCCUAAAAUGUAUUUAUACACAUAAUCGAUGCUAUUAGGACCCCAACAGACUGAAAGAAUAUUGCAAAAUAUUAACAGCAACACGUUCGAUUAGAUAUUAAAACUAUGACACGUUUAAAAGAUGUUGCAAUAAUCAUUUAGAAGUUUUAAUGCUUAGCAAAACGUUUAAAUGACGAAAUGCUGCAUUGUCUGCUGAGGUACUAAUAAUAAUUAGUAAUGUGCUAUUUAUUAUCAGAAUUACAUUGGCUUAAGAAAAUCCAUGUUAUGGUACAAUUUGUAAGUUUACCCUGUCUUUACCCGUUCGUCAGAGCAUCACGUAGGCACGGCUUAGGGUAACACAACCACGUGAUAAAUUAACAGUAAAAUGUAAUUAUAUAAAUAAUAUCAUAAGCCUAUAUUAAUGUAAAUUAAAUUUUAAUUAGUAUUAGUUGUGUAAGGCUAUUAUAAUAAAUAAAUUUACUGCUCUAUUUUUGAGAUAAUACUUUUUUUGUUUAAAUAAGAUAUUAUGUUACCUACUUUAUUAAUGAUGUCAUAUGAGUUUGUGAUGAAAUAAACAUAAAAUUGUUUGGUCAAA